AUUCGUUCAAACGACGUUUAUGCACAAGGAACAGCUUCCUGACUUAUGCACUUGGCGCAGUUCUGUAAUGUUUCUUGUUGUUGUGACACGAUUUGUUCCUGACGUGACACGAUUUCUAACACCAACGGUCCCGGCUCCCACAUCCUCGUCCCUAAGAAUCGUCAGUUUUCCUCCUGACACUUCCUCAAAAAAACAAAUCUGCAGUCUAAGCCAAUCAUUUCUUUUGUGUAUACUUGAUAGAGACUAUCGCUUGCCUUUUUUAUAUAAAUUUGCACCUUUGGCCGUGUAUAAAGGGAUCGAUCGAAUCAAUCGUUCCAUCUUUUAUCUUUCUACUAUAUCCUCCAGUACAUACUGAAGAAAUAUGGCACCACUUGAAGUGAUUGGAGCUGGCAUGAGCCGAACAGGCACUGAUAGUUUGAGAACAGCACUCAAUAUGUUGGGCUACAACACCCACCACAUGAGGUCUAUGUAUGAAUGUGAUCGUAAGCCGGAAGUUUUUGAAGAAGCGUACUUGCAUCCUGAGAAGCCUGUUGACUGGGACGAGCUUUACGAAGGAUUUAGUGCAGCAGCCGAUUGUCCUACGAUCUCUUUUCUCGACAGAUUAUUUGACUAUUAUCCAAAUGCCAAAGUAAUCCUAACCAAACGUGAUCCGGAUAGCUGGUACAAGUCUGUGCUCAAUACCAUCUACAAGUUCCGCGACGAACUUCCAGAAAACGCCAAAGACUAUGCUAUUCGCAGUCGAAGAAUGUUUAAAACCAUUUUUCUCCAAGGCGCAUUUAUAGAUGGGCAAAAAUUCGAGGAUGAACCCGAAGUAAUGAAGGCACGCUACGAGGCGCAUAACGCAUGGGUUUUGGAAAACGUCCCAGCAGAUCGGUUGCUUGUGCUGGACUUGCAGGAUGGUAUCACAUGGGAGAAGAUAUGUCCGUUCCUUGGCAAGCCCAUACCUGAUGAAUCUUAUCCUCACGUAAAUGACACCAAGUCCGUGAAUACAGAAUUUCUCAAGGUGAUCGCUCUGGCGGAAAGCAAUACUGCUUCUGAUACUGCUCUUGAUGCUCAGUACACUGUGGUAUAAUAAAGAAUUUCCAAUAAUGUUU